AUGGAAACACAAAGAGAGGAAUGGAAAUGUGAAUUGAAAGUCGUCGUCGAAGUAGUCGACGUCCUUGUAGAGCGAGAGCAUCCUGCGGCUGCCGGCGAGCAGCGCCUUGACGUCGAUGAGGUGGGAGGCUUUGGUCGUCAGGAGGUGGGAGCGGAUGUGGAGGACGUCCAUGCGGUAGAGGAGUACGAUGAGGAUGUAGAGCGUGGCGAUGAGCCAGAGUGUGAACACAGUGUAGAAGAAGGGUCUCCUGAUGCCGUAGAGGAAUGUGUCCAUGGCGGUCAUGAGGUCUGCGAUAGGCUUUCCGGCGACCACUUCCCUCAGCUUGGCGAUGACCUCUGA